AACCCACACAUGACAUGUGAGAAGAAACACAACUGUGCCAAUAUAAGUUUUAAUAUGGAUUUGGUCGUAUAUAUCACCUAAUAAAAUAAUGAGAUCGCAGAAAAGCCGUACAGUUUUGUGCCACAUGUGCGCGCGCUGACUUCCUGUCACGCUUCCAAACAGACAGAUUUCCGAUUGACCUCCUCAAAAACAGUCUAUGAUUUCUGUAUAACGUUAUUUAAUUUAUUUCACGAUGAAUCUCAGCGUGACUCUUAGGUCCUAUAGUAGAGCUCGUGUGUGUCGGAAUAAAGCGACUGUCUCGGUUUACAGAAGACUGUCAGAUGCUCCUGAAGAACCUCAGUCCGUGAAAAUACGCAGAGCUCCGGGGAAUGCGACCAUCCUGCUGUUCCCCGGGCAGGGCAGUCAGUUCGUCGGUAUGGGGAGAGGAUUGCUAAAGUAUGGAAAUGUCAAGGAGAUGUUUUCUGUCGCUCAGAAGGUGCUAGGUUAUGACCUGCUGUCUCUGUGCUUAAAUGGACCAGAGAAAGACCUUAUGAAGACUGUUCAUUGUCAGCCUGCGGUGUUUGUCUGUUCUCUGGCUGCUGUGGAGAGACUCAACCAUGAAAACCCUGCUGCUAUUGAGAGCUGUGUGAGUGCUGUAGGUUUCAGUGUUGGUGAAUUUGCAGCUUUGGUAUUUUCUGGUGCAAUGAACUUCGCUGAAGCUUUGUUUGCGGUGAAGGUGAGGGCAGAGGCGAUGCAGAAGGCCUCUGAUCAAGUGUCCAGUGGCAUGUUGUCUGUGAUAGGUCGACCUCAAGCCCACUACAAACAUGCCUGUGUCCGAGCUAGAGAGCACUGUGUUUCUCUUGGGAUCCAAGACCCUGUGUGCUCCGUCGCCAACUACCUUUUUCCAGACGGGAGAGUCAUAGCUGGACACAAAGAGGCUUUGGAUUUUCUUCAAGAACGUUCCAAAGAGCUGAAUUUCAUGAGAACUCGACUGCUGCCGGUCAGCGGGGCCUUUCACACCUCACUGAUGGAGGCGGCAGUUGAGCCUCUGAGAGACGUCCUCAGAAAGAUUGAGGUGCGGCGGCCGGAGAUCUCGGUGCACUCCAAUGUGGACGGCAAACGUUACAUGCAUGACAAGCACAUUCGCAAUCAGCUGGCCAAACAAUUGGUGUCUCCGGUGAAAUGGGAGCAGACGCUGCAUGAGAUUUACCAAAGAGCCCAAGGACAGGAGUUUCCUCACACAUAUGAGGUGGGACCUGGUAGACAUUUGGGCUCGAUGCUACAGAAGUGUAACAUGAAGGCUUUCAAGAACUAUACACAUGUAGAUGUUGCAUUAGCUGAGGAUUGAUUUGCUUAUGUGCAGUUAAACUGGUAUAUU